AUGGAACAAGAACUUGAAGUUAUUGCAAGAGUUAGAUUUAUUUCAGAUAAAGGCUGGGAAAAGUCAGAUGAAGCAAAGGUAUUCGUUGGAAAGUCUCUUAGUAUCCUUAGUCGUGCAGAACCUUGGUUAGUUUCGCCUUUCGAUCCUUCAGCUUUUGCAAACCCGAAACGAGAGUUGAUUUAUCUUGAAAGAGUUCUUUUACCACUGUUUUCAUACUACAGCAUGAAGAAUGAGUUCAUGAUGGGCGAUAUGAGAACAAUUCGAAGUAAUAUUCGCCAGAUUCGACUUCAGCCUAAGUAA